GAUUAGUAGAUAACGCUGGUUAUGGAUUAUGCAGCUUCUUGCAGCGUUACUGUUCAGGUAAUCUGCUGUUUCGUCAUUUUCUUGAGUUACACAGGUGCCGAAAAUUUCAGUCACUGCGUGGAACGGUAUAGUCUGCUUACUGGAAACGACGACAGAAGUUUUAAGUUAAUCCCUGCAAAUCUCGGCACCGACCUGAUCUUAGAAUGCCACUAUUGAUUUAGCACUUCGUCUGUUAUUGUGGUUGCCUCUGUUAUCUUUGGAUGAGAUACCAGCACUGUGAAGGUUUCAUUAGUGUCUUAUUCUUGUAACAUCAAUUCCAAAGAUGCUGGCAUGCAAUACUCUCCUGUCCCCCAGUGGAAUUUGAAAGAAAUGUGUCACGAGUAAUUGGGAAUAUUUCAUCCCUUGUUUCAUUUCAAGAGACUUAUGUGACACCAGUGAACAGUCUUCUUGAAUCCUAUCUGGAGACUGAAAGAGUGUCAAAAAACAACGAAAAAUUGGAGCUGCAGGUACAGCUGGAAUGGAGUGAUUGGGGUCCAUGCUACAACUGUCAGAACUCAUCAGGAGAGAGAAACAAAACUGCCAGUUGUCGAGUAAGACUCAUAGUGAGAAAUGACCGCACAUUGUUCUUACACACAAAGGAAGCACCUACUGGUCACACAAAUGAAACAGUGAUUUGGAAAUUGCUGUACAAGGUACGGGAGAUCUCCUGCCGAUCGGUGAUGUUGAUGUCAUACCUCCCAUUCAUAGCUAAUGCAACUAGCAUUAUACCAGAGUUUGUGAAUGUGGAAAUAUGCCUGGAGUUAUGUAUCAAAGAGGAUACUGGUGAAGAAAUGGAACAUUCUACUGCACGAAAUCGGAGGAAAAGGCGGGUUGUCUUGAAAGAGGGUGCAUACAUUUCUCUUCCUUGCCCAGGGGUGAAUGCCAGUACUGCCGUUAUGUGGAAAAAGGAUAAUAAAGAGAUUGCUCAAGAGAUAAAUGAAGAAACAGACCUUGAAAAAGAAAAUCCUCAUAUUGCAAUUGAUUCUUAUGGAACACUGUAUAUAUCAGAAGCAGCUGAGAAUGACAGUGGUCGUUACACAUGUUUUGCUGAUAAAAAUAAAGUACAAGAAAUAACAGUAAAUGUUAUUACAGAUACAAAGGAGAUUAUUCAAUAUAUGUUGCAGCAUAUGACGUACCUUCUGUUUAUAUUCCUUCUUUGCUCUAUAUUCUACUGCGCUGGGAUAUUUAUUGCCUGCAGUAACCGACACCAGUUUGUGAAGUACACACCACUGGAAACAGAAUUAGAAAACUGAACAGGGUGCGACAUACUGAACUACCUGAUGUAGGAAAUAAAUAAAAACUAAAGCAAAUAAUAUACUACAAAAAAACUGGAAUGCAAGUGACGUACAUGUCACACAGUUAAAAGAAUAGUUACUUGUGUAAUUUUUAAUAAUACAGUGAGACAUUUUGGUCAGUAUGGCAAUAAUUACCUUUGCUCAUUGCCUCAUCAAGAUCCUCCAGAUUUUUAAAUUGAUGCCGAAAUCCGUUUCAAUUAAUGUAGCCCCAGACAGAGAAAUCAUGUACUGUGCAAGCCAUGGAGGCCACCACGUAUUACCAUGUGAGAACACGUGUGGGUAACAAUUCUUAGAGGAUUCGAAUGGAACCAUGAGGCAUGUGCACGGUUCCUUCAGCGUCAGCUUCAUCUUCAGUAACUUGUUGCUUGAAAUUGUUGUAUACAUUUGAGUGGGAAAAAUACUGAAACACUGUGCUGUUUCCAGGGUAGUGUUUGGUUUGUUGAUUGCACACGGGCAAUGAAAAUGAAUGACAUCCAAGAAAAGGAAUGUAUUAUUUGGAUAAAUGUUCCGAAGAAUGUCUUGAUCUUGCACAGCUUUGAGGACUGCUCAGUAAUUAUGUGAUUGCAACUUCAUAGGGAUGUACUGUCUGUUCUCGGUGAAGAAUUAUCUCAAACACUUCAGUCCGAUAACUACAUGACUGCCGCAAGUUUUUGUAUCGAGACCCGUGGGGAUGCUCAGUUCAAGCUCUCACGGCAGCCAUAGACUCCUGUUCUGUGUUGGUGGCAGGUUGGCAAGCCGGCUGUCCUUUCAGUGCAUCAACUGUUUUAUGUGAAGUUCAAGUCUAAACUGUUUUCUUAAAAAGCACAUCCCGGCGACCAAACUCAAAGUGGUCAUGAAAAGCACCCGGUGUUGCUGUCAGGUCCAGCCAAGCAUUUCCCAUAUAUGGUCAUUCCCAUCAGCCAACGUGCUGAAUGUCAACUUAGUUUGUGCAGGAAGUACAUAUCAGUUCAGUUCAUUACUGCCCCCACUUGACUCCAUCCUGACGCGUAGCUCUCCUUAUUCGAUAUAAGAAAGUUUAUUAUGCCGAACUCUAGACUUACAAAAUAAAAGCAUUUACCUGUUCUAUGAAGAGCUUGUAUUUAUGAUGUAUCUAACAGUACAAAUUGUGUACUUGUACUUGUGUACAGAAGUGCAGUUAGAUGUUAUA